AAGGUACACGAGUUGCGUAACAGCGUCUGACGUCAAAGCAGUCACAAGACUUCAUUCGCAUGCAUCGCGGCCUUCGGCAGCAGCUCACGGACAGACACGCGAGCAGGAGCACGCAGCGAUGGGGCUCAGCGCGAGAAGAAAGAGUUUUGCAAAACCCGGAUCGACCUGGAUGUUCUGAAUCCCAUCGGAUCGAUCGCUAUCGUGAAUGUGACUGAUCCUUAAAUACAGCGAGGAUUUGUAGGUUGGUGCUGGUGUAACGCCGUUGAUUGACAUUGUGGAUGCGGUUGUUGUGACAUCUCCAGACUUCAUCUCGAGCCGUGGAUCUGCAGCUAGUCCUCUAACUAACCCAAACCACCCCUGCAGCGGAGUCCGGGGGUGAUGUUGUCCGUUCUCUCGUACGGUAGACUGGUGGCCCGGGCGGUCAUCGGCGGACUCUCUCAAACCGACAGCCGCGAUUACAGUCUGGUGUCCGCCAGCUUCGGCUUCGGGAAGGAUUUUCGGAAGGGGAUCUUGAAGAAAGGGAUGUGUUAUGGAGACGACGCGUGCUUUAUAGCCCGACACAGGUGUGCUGAUGUGUUAGGUGUGGCUGAUGGAGUAGGUGGCUGGCGUGACUACGGGGUCGAUCCCUCGCAGUUUUCUGGGACGCUCAUGAGGACGUGUGAGCGGCUGGUCAAAGAAGGACGCUUUGUGCCGAGUAACCCAGUGGGAAUCCUCACCACCAGCUAUUAUGAGCUACUUCAGAACAAAGUACCACUAUUAGGAAGCAGUACAGCGUGUAUCGUGGUAUUAGACAGGCAGAGUCACCAGCUACACACCGCAAAUCUGGGAGACUCUGGCUUUCUGGUGGUUCGAGGUGGAGAGGUGGUCCACAGGUCUGAUGAACAGCAGCACUACUUCAACACCCCUUUCCAGCUCUCUAUCGCCCCUCCUGAGGCAGAGGGCUCCGUCCUCAGUGACAGCCCUGAGGCUGCCGAUAGCUCGUCCUUCGAUGUCCAGUUGGGUGACAUCAUACUCACAGCUACAGAUGGUCUCUUUGACAACAUGCCAGACUACAUGAUUUUACAAGAACUCAAAAAGCUCAAGAAUACCAACUAUGAAAGCAUCCAGCAAACAGCCAGGAGUAUUGCAGAACAGGCCCAUGUUCUAGCAUACGACCCCAAUUACAUGUCUCCAUUUGCACAGUUUGCCUGCGAUAAUGGCUUGAAUGUCAGAGGAGGAAAACCAGAUGACAUCACCGUUCUGCUGUCAAUUGUAGCCGAGUACACAGACUAACGCUCGCAAGGGCAGCAAAAUGCUUCUCUUGUUGUCUUCCUCUCAGUCAUUGGACUGGCAGCUGUUUCCUGCUGGCAGGAGUGAGGGCUGUUUGAGUUUUCUGUUUCUGGCAGGGACUUGGAGCCCACAUCUGUUCCUUGGGUUCUUCAGCCUUACUAGUCUGUACUUCAAAUGAUGUCGUCUGCAGACUCAAGUCAAAGACCACCUUGAUACGGACUGCUAACGUCGAGUUGUGUUUGACAAGGGCUACAACAGGUGUUGAACACUUCUCCAGUAAGAAUCACCAGUGUUUCUGUCGUCCAGAGAUGAAUGAGUAGUUGGUAAUGAUGUGGUUGUGAUGCCAAAAAUUGAGAAAGAAUGAGCGAGAAAGGAAUAACAAUCUGAUUAGGUACCAAAAAAAAGAACGUUUCCGUAUCAAGAAGAACAUUAAGAUGGAAGCGUCAUGCAGUGGGAGUGUUUAACUUUGCAAAAGGCCAAUGGGAGAUGCCCUCAAGUUACAUAAGUCUUGAGAUGGCACGUUUUGCCUGUUUAUUUUCCAUUUAAAAAGACACCCGAUCUGUAACCUCUGGACAGACAUCUGCUGAAUGCCAGCUGAGAUGUGAUGUUAUUAGGCACGAGUGACUACAACAAACUCUUCACUAGCUAAUGGAGAGUUUGUAUUUUGGGAAGUAUGCUGAGGUGUAACUUUACAGUACUAGACUGAUUAUGAAGCUUAACAUCGAAAUACUGUCAAAGUUAAUGAUCAACCAUAGAAAUGCCUUUCCUUUGAGAUAUUAAUUAAUGAAGACGCUUUUGCAGAAGUUCUCAUUACAUGAAAUAAGAGUCAGAUGGGUGUUUUGUUUAAGCGAUUCAAAGUACAGGACAAAUUAGUUUGCUUGGAGACAGUAACCUUUUCCUUUCAUAUUUAUUAAUUUAAAACCGUAUUACUCCACCCUUUUGAGUUUUUAACGUAAUUACAGCAGUACAACAGACUGCAAGGAAUUGUGGGAUGUGUUGAGAGGAAAAGCAGUCCCACUUAAACCACUUUUAAGAGGUUCACAUGCUUGUGGUGUGCGUGUGUGUAUGUGAGAAAAGAACGUUUACGAUCUGUAGAUAUUUGGAAAAUUGGCUGUAUAUUUAUCUAUGACAUGUAUGCAUUUGCAAAGUGUAGGCUAUUACACAUCAGAUGUAUAUGAGAGUAUAUUUGAUAAUUGUGUGGAUUCUGUGUUAAAAGUAUUUUUCUUCCCUUUUUUUUAUGUAAAACUUAAUUUUAAAAUAUCCCUCGAUGUGUUUAUGCACAAAGCUAAUGCUAGCAUCUGUGAAUGCUUUCGGUGGGUAUGUCAUGGAUCACAUGAUCUAAUAAAGUUAUAUUUUUAUAACUUC